AUGUCUGCUCUCAUCUCUGUCACAGUACUCGCUGUGGCUUUGGGCUUGUUUUCCUUUGGUGUCGGCAUGCUUCCUUUGACUUUUGCUAUUGCCAAGAACCACUUGUCUUUGGUCUCGAGAUUAGGUACAGGACUACUAAUCGGAACUGCAUUCGGUGUGAUCAUACCCGAAGGAGUGGAAGCGUUGGUACACAGCUCGCCGGAUUCGUCGGUUCCAACUACCACACUAGCACUGUCGCUGCUAGUCGGUUUUUGCAUCAUGCUCGCCGUCGAACAUCUUGGGCCCUCGGCUCAUAGUCAUGGUCAUGAGCUCCCUCCGUCGGCUUGGUCUACGCAAACACCGGGGGCCGAUGUAGAACUGUCUCAAUUAGAGAGUGAGCAGGGCAUUCCUCACAUCGGCGAAGAAGCUACCAUACCCGCUCUCCCGUUGACAUUGGGCAUGGUCCUUCACGGGCUUGCUGAUGGGUUAGCGCUGGGAGUGUCUGCCCUAUCAACCAGCGAUACUCAGAGCUCCACCAACCUAUCUCUGGUUGUAUUCAUGGCGCUUGCGGUACACAAAGCUCCUACGGCGUUGGCAUUCACCAUCUCGCUGCUUUCCACCUCGUUACCGCGCAGUGAAUGUCGCAAACACCUUCUGUUGUUCAGCUCGUCUACACCAGUCGGCGCUGUUGUGGCUUACCUGCUGUUCUACCUUACGGGUUUCGGUGAUGCCAGCAGGGUCGGUAUUGCACUUCUCGUCUCAGGUGGAAGUUUUUUGUACGUAGCGACCGUCUUACAGCCCGUCUCACACGAACACCGAGAAGCCGAAGGGGCCGCAGAUCGCAGGGAGGCGAAAGUGAAGCUAGCGUUACUUCUCGUCGGUGCUCUCAUCCCGCUCAUGCUUUCUACACUUCUCGAGCAUGACCAUUGA